UAAGAGGCUAGGGAGUAGUAAGAGCCUUCAAUAGUAUCUAUAUAAACCAACCUCCUUAUUGUUAUACAUUCACAAAACCAAUAAAUUAAAUCAAAUUACAAACUAAACUACCUUUUGUUGUUUAAGCGAUAAACAUGUUAAGAAUCUCCCCAGAAGAACCAAAAAUCCAUGUAGUAUGCAUACCAUACCCGGCACAAGGCCAUAUAAGGCCAAUGCUAAAACUAGCCAAACUCCUUCAUUCAAAAGGCAUUCAUAUAACAAUGAUCAACACUGAAUACAACCACCGUCGUCUUCUCCGAGCUCGCGGCCUUAAUUCGCUCAAUGUCGUCCCAUCUUUUCGGUUCGAGGCAAUUCCAGACGGUUUACCAUCAUCCGAUGCGGAUGCUACACAAGAUAUUCCUACUUUAUGUCAUGCUGUUUUGAAUUACUUUCUUGAACCAUUCAAGAAGGUUAUUCUUAGACUAAAUGAUUCUUCCUCGGGUUCGCCUCGUGUUAAUAUGAUUAUAUCGGAUUGUGUUAUGCCUUUUAGUUUGGAUGCUUCACGUGAGUUGGGUGGGAUUCCCUUGAUGUGGUUGUGGACUGCUAGUGCUUCAGGUUUUCUUGGGUAUUCUCAGUAUCGUAGUCUUAUCGACAAGGGUAUCGUGCCUUUUAAAGAUUCAAACUUCGCAAUAAAUGGUUCCUUAAACAAGGUCAUGGAUUGGGUGCCUAGCAUGAAUAAUAUACAAUUGAAAUAUAUUCCAAGCUUUAUCAGAACCACAGACAAAGAUGACAUUAUGUUAAAUUUUCUAAUAACUACAACUGAAACAGCUGCCCAAUCAUCUUUUCCUAUAAUUUUUAAUUCCUUUGAUGCAUUUGAGUAUGAUGUUCUAAGGGACAUUUCAAAAAUAGUACUUGGUCCUAUGUACACUAUUGGACCCAUGCAAUUACAACUAAAUAAUGUGUUAGAUGACCCUCUUGUCAAGUCUUUGGGAUCUAAUCUUUGGAAAGAAGAUCAAGAAUGUAUAAAAUGGCUUGAUUCAAAGGACCCAAAAUCAAUUGUUUAUGUGAGUUUUGGAAGCAUUACAACUAUGACAAAUGAAAAUCUAAUUGAGUUUGCCUGGGGUCUUGCGAAUAGUAAUCAUCCUUUUUUGUGGAUUUUGAGACCUGAUAUUGUUAGUGGGGAUUCAGCUGUUAUACCACAUGAAUUUCUGGUUGAAACGAAAGAUCGAGGAUUAAUUACUAGUUGGUGUGAUCAAGAAAAGGUUUUGAAUCAUCCAUCGAUUGGUGCAUUUUUAACGCAUUGUGGAUGGAAUUCGAUGUUGGAUACGAUUUGCAGUGGGGUGCCUGUGAUAUGCUGGCCUUUUUUUGCGGAACAACAGACUAAUUGUUGGUUUAGUUUCGAAAAAUGGGGGAUUGGAAUGGAAAUUGAUAAUGAGGUUAGAAGGUAUGAGGUUGAAAAGCAAGUGACAGAGCUUAUGGAAGGUGAAAAGGGAAAAGAGAUGUCAAAGAAUGCAAUGAAGUGGAAGAAUUUAGCUGAAGAAGCAAUUGCAACUCCUAAUGGUUCAUCCUACAUAAACUUUGACAAGUUGAUUAAUCAAGUGAUUCUUCCUCUUAAAAAUCAUGACAAGAAGUAAUGUUAUGUUAAUUUAUUGAAUAAAUUAUGAGUUAUUCUUUUGGGUUGAUAGACAUGGUUUGUUUUUGUUUUUUCAUUAGAUUAUUUUGCAUUAAAUUUGAAAGCAAACUUGUGUUAUUGAUCUCAUAUGUUACUACUUUGCUUUACUUAUUGAUGAAGAGAUUUUCUUUUGGUG